AUGACCAAGUACUCAGUUAUCAAAUAUUGUUCUCUAUAUGAGUCUGACUCAAGAGUGACGUUCUGUGAACCUUCAGGAAGAACUGUUGUCAUUGAGAAGAAUAAUUUGGGGGUGUCAGUUUUUGAUUACUCUACCAAUGACACCGAGUCAAAGUUCCAGUUCAACUGUUACGGCAUUUUGGGCUCCUUAACCUUCAUGAACCUUAAGUACCUGAUAGUUGUUACUAAGGCUACAAAGUGCGGAAGGUUAUUUUUGGACCACGAUGUUUACACAAUUAACUCAAAGAAGCUGAUUCCGCUCUUUUACCCAGUAAACCUGAGCUCGAGGGAACGUGAGUUUCUUAGACUUUUCAACGAUUUUGACAUUUCCAGCAACUUCUACUUCAGUUACACCUACAACCUCGCAAACACACUUCAGCUGAAUCUUAGCUAUAAAUCCUUGUCAUCAGAUAAAACAACGUUAAUCCCGGGUGAAAACGACUGGAUGGCUUUUGACCCAGUGCUUGUGGACCAGAAAUAUUGCUACAAUUUUAACCACAAAAUGGAUCUUUGCAGUGUGGAUGAACGCUGUUUUGGCCUAUCUCUCCACGUUAUUCAUGGAUAUUUCUCAGAGUCUGUCCUUAACCUUAGUGGUCGCAAUAUAACAUACACCCUAAUAUCAAGGAGAUCAAGAUUUUACUCAGGAACUAGGUACAGAAAACGUGGAAUUACAGGAAGCGGUCAAGUGGCAAAUGAUGUUGAAACUGAACAAAUACUCCAUGACUGGUCAAUGUCUCGUUCAAUAUCAUCUUUUGUACUCGUUAGGGGGUCAAUUCCAAUAUUCUGGUCCCAAGACCCUAGUGAAUCGUUCCUAAAGAAGCCACCAAUCAUAUACUCCCAAAACGAUCCUACAAAUUCCAGUGUUCGAAGUCAUUUUAUGGAACUUUUGAGCUCGUACGGAGGCCCUCUUGUGGUUCUGGAUCUUUUAUCAGAUAACCCAUCAACUGAGGAGGGCCAGUUAUCAGAGCGUUACAGACGCAUAAUUGAGGAAUUGAAUACUGAACUGCCCAGUUUUCUUAAGAUUAUGUACUACUCAAAGAACAUUAAAUCUUUGCUUGAAAAGGGUGUGGCUAAGCAGAUGGUAAAGGACGUUGUCGACACAGUCAUGAAUACUCUAAAGUUGACUUACUUACCCGCAUUCAACUCAAACACCAUAAGUUGUACUAACGUUGUAAAUCCACAGAAUCACUCAACUGACAUGAUAAUACAAAAGGGCGUGAUUAGAAUUAGUUGCCUGGACUGUUUGGAUAGGACAAGUGCAUUUUCUAAACACUUAUCGCUCAGAAUGCUAAAGUACCAACUUGAACUUAUUGGGAUCAGAGUCAACUAUGAACUGUCAACUUACUUCACCAAUUACUCUCCAAUACAAAACAGUUCCUUCACCGAAAACUGCCAUCAAAAUUCUCAAAACCUUAAUCAAAGUAGUUAUCAAAAUUAUCAGAAUAUUUACCAGAGUAGGGGCAGUUUAUCAAAUUCAAGUGCUUCAUUUUCCUCAAAUAGUUUAUCUUCAAGAAGUAGCGCAAGUUUUGAACACAGGGUUAGCAGAGAACGAAUGAACUCGGUGGGUGACGUUCUAGUCGUGGAUAAAGAUGAGGGGAUAAUAGUCAGUGACUACUUUGGAUUCAAUAAUGUUAAGGGAUUGAUGUUUGAGGUUGUUAAGGACCGCUACGAGGAGAUGUGUGACGUUUUAUCAAUGCAGUAUGCUGGAAGUAAGGCUCUGAGGAAGUAUGAAGGCCACAUCAGUGCAAUCAACAUCUCCAGAGAACUGUUUACAAACGUUAGGAGAAGGUAUAGGAAUUACUUUGAGGACACUAGGAUUCAGGAACUAACCAACGCAUUUCUGUGUGCGGAUCCUCUUUCAUAUUACUCGCAAGUUUGCCCCAACAUUGAACAGUAUGAUCUGGACGACAUUAUCCACUUUAAGCCCAUAAAUAUGCAGUUUAACAUCGUAGACUCUUUUGUGCUGGCGUUUAUAGUCUUCAAUAAACGGAUUUCCAAGUUUUCCCAACUUCAGCAGGAAAGUCCGGUUGAAGUUCCUGAUGUGCUUGACGAGGAUCUUAACUACCUAAUAUACACUAGGUUUUUCGAUUUGAUUUCCAAACACACUUUUGAAAUCACUAGGGAAUUUGACUCCAUCGAUGAUAACACUGAUUAUGUUUGUGAUUAUUCACCUGAUGGCACUUUAAUGUCGGAAAGAACUAAUGUGCUGAAGAAGGUUAUGUUCAAUUAUCUCACUUUGGAGUAUCAGUUACAGGAAGGGUACACUUUCCUUUCCAAGUAUAAACCCACUAGUAAAAUCAUUGACCUUGAUAACUCCUCAGCGCUAGAUUACAGCUCAGACAUGCUAGUCAGGCCUUUUAUUUCACCAAUUAUUCAAGAGUACCAAGAUCAACAACAGGCUGAUCAGGACGAACAGGCUCAAGAUUUAAAUUUGCAGGACAACUCUUCUGAUUUCAUCAACUUUUUGUCUCCUUUAGCCGUUUACGACCCCAGUCAGUGGUCCUUGACCCUGAAAUCCAACAUCAACUCUCUAAACAGUUUCAUCAAUGUAUCAAUUUAAUAUAAUCAAUAUUUUCAAUCAAAUACUAGACUUUUCCAUUAUCU